AUGUCGGGAAACACACAAACACCUCACCCAAGUUCAAAUGAGCCAUCCAUGAUUGGCGGCCAUGCUCAAUACGCAAAGGGAUACGUAGAGUCUACCAUUGGCAGUGUCACAGGAAACGCAGACUGGAAGCAAAGUGGAGAGAAGGAUAUGCAAGGAGGUAUUGGAGAAAUGAAGAAAGCAAACGAGAACAGGACAAGUGAACCUGCAGCGAGCGGAAUUGGUGGCCAAAUCGAGUCGGCAGCUGGACGCGUAGCGGGGUGUGAGGGUAUGGAGAAGGAGGGUGCGAUCAGACAGGAGAAAGCACAGUAG